ACGUCUAAUGUCCCUAGUUAAAGAAUUCGCGUCCCUCCCUCCCUCCCCCUCACAGCCCUCUGGGCUCAAUAGCAUUAAAAAGCGGCAAUUUUCUAUAAUAAAGCUUAAUUUCAGGUGCCGUAAAAACAGCUCCGCAAAACUGACACUUGUCACAAGAAUGAACUCAACAUAGUAAAUUCAUUACAGUGAUACAACAAUUAACUACAAUUAUUACGUAUAUCAAUAUAUUAUUUCAAAUUUAAACGUGCACAUUUAUUGUUGAUUAAUAAAAAUAAUAUAACCAAAGUGUACUGUUCAAGCGUAUCCAAAGCAUGGGGAAUUUUUAAUCGCAAAAUCCAUUUAUUGUUACUGUUUUAUUUGGAUAUGAAGCUAAUAGCCGAAAGUAUAUUAUUAAAGAACUUUCGCAGCGGUAAAAGCAUUGAUUUCAUUGACAUCAUUGACAUCAUUGCAGAGUAGCUCUGAAAGGGGUUGGCAGCCCAAUUAACGUCUUAGCUCGAAGGGUUCAAAAUUUAAGACCUCUCCAUCCAUCAUUCACAAGAGCAUAUUUGCGUGCUUAUCGCUUAAUAAAUCCAACAUCGGAUAGGCCAACAGCACAUGAUUGAUUGAUGGAUAAUUAUGUAGGCUACACUACUUAAUAAGGCACCUGCUAGAUGAACGUGCUCAAAUAACCUUGCAGUCGAAUUCAUCAGUGCCUUGAUCUAACAGUGGAAAUUGAAAGCAGCUACCCACGUUUUCUGAUUGAUCCUUCAGUCGUAAGAGUACCAUUACGUACACAAGGAUGUUCGCCUUUGUUGCCCUGUGCCUCCUCCUCACUGACUCCACCGAAUCAGUCAACACUUCUUCACCGCAACCUGCACCAACACGGCCAACGCCGCCGCCUCUACCAACCAGACCAGUGCCUUCCCCGCCUCCUCCGUCAGCUUUUGAAGAUCUGGUUGUUCAGUUUUACGACAAGAAAGUCAGCACACACGAUCUCCUUCUCAGACUGAAUAUGACUUCUGGUCGUUUUGACGUGAGAAAUAUAUGCCCCUCUUUCCAGUACUCUUGUGAUUUAGUUUGCACUUUAGACACAGAGGAACAAGAAAGAGACCUCGAGAAGCCUUGUUAUUGCGAUAAGUUGUGUGUUGAACUUGGAGACUGUUGCUAUGACUAUUUCUCAAGAUGCGCUACUGCCAACACGCCUAAAUCUUUGAUAAGUCAUUUGAAACGAACGUGUGUGAAAACAGCGAACUCAGCCGGAGACCAUGGCUAUUCCGUGAUUGACAGCUGUCCUCUUCAUAACACUGACAAGCGACUUGAAUCUUUGUGUUCUGCCAAAUCUUCAACAGCCGACCUCUUUGGAAUGCUGCCUGUGUCAGACUUCGUAGAAAAAACUGAUUACAAGAAUGUAUUCUGCGCCAGAUGCAAUCAUGUCAAGAACCAGACUUACUGGAAAUUUUCUGCCUCGUGCAAAGACGCCUAUGACCUUCCAAGAAACAGAUCAUUACUGCUGCAGUUUAUAAUGUCUUCAUGUGAAUGGAGUUUUGAGCCACCAAGCAAUCGCAGCAGUCAUUCAAAACGAUGUUUAGCUGUAGAAAAAAAUUGUCCGCAUUCAGAGCUUAUUGAAACAGAGCCAUUGUUACCAGACUUAUGUUCGUUUUACGCCUUUCCAGUUUGCUACAGCGUCCGAACAAAGAACCCUCACUGCGAAAUCUGCAAAGGGAAUGAUAUUAGUGAGUAUUGGUGUCGCUGUCAACCACCAAGUCCGCCAGUGCCUACAGCACCUGGUGCCAUACCUUCUUUGGAAAUUUUGUUUGACUUUUCCUCUUCUUCUCAUACAAUAAAGGUGGGGAAUCAGGAGACAGUUGUAAAGAAUAAGAUGUGCACUGAUGGUUUCGUAUUUGAUCCCUUCGUCGAAAAAUGCGUUCAAAUGCACUGGAAUAUACCCAACAAGGGGUUGGAUAACGGAACUUACGUUAACUGUUCCUUUAUCGAGAUCAAUGUCAGUUCGAUAACUCUGUUGCCUAAUGGUUCAAUAUGGAUUCCGUCGCGCAAUAGGAUAUAUAGCAACGAAAGUUAUUUCAUAAAUGGUUCUUAUGUGUUUCUUUGCAUGGACCUCAAACGCAGUUACACUGACACUGAGGUGUUUUUGUCUACGGAGAUAACACCACUUCAGAUAUUAACGUACAUUGGCUGCACCAUCUCCAUGACAACCUUGAUUUUCCUGUUGGCUAUUUACAUUGCUCUGCCAGAACUGAGAACAUUACCCGGAAAAAACCUCAUCAGUCUGGCUUGUGCAAUGCUUUUGUAUGAUAUCUUCUUCUUGUUGACCGGUCAGGCUGACAAACCAUAUCUUUGCAUAACGGUUUCCGUCCUGCUUCAUUACUUUUUGUUGUCUUCAUUUUGUUGGAUGGGUGUGAUGGCUUUCGAUGUUGCAAAGACCUUUGGAGCGAAAGGGCAAGCUGCACGUUCCCGUCCCAGUGACAGCAGAAAAAAGCUAAUAAAAUACAGCAUUCUUGCCUGGACCACUCCUGCUGUUAUUGUGAUCAUCAGUGUGACUCUUGAUAAAACAAACACUAUUAUGAUUGGCUAUGUCGGUGACGUAUUCUGCUGGAUUUCUAAUGGAAAAGCACUUCUCGUUGUUCUUGGUGUUCCUGUGGCACUGAUUCUACUGUUUAACAUCGUGGCUCUCACGUUCACGUUGGUUUCUAUCUGGAAAGUUCAAAAGUCCACCCGUCGCGUGACAGAUCAGAGUAAGCAGACCAGCCUGCCUAUCCUGUACAUCAAGUUGUCGUCAGCAAUGGGAUUUACCUGGAUACUGGGUUUUAUCGUGCCAUUCACUCAAGUCGAAUUCCUUGAUUACAUUUUUGUUAUUUUAAACAGCCUACAAGGAUUUCUCAUUUUCCUCGCUUUUGUGGCAAACAAAAGAACACUCAACAAGGUCAAAGCUGGUUGGUCCUUACGGUUCAGCCAUUUCAAAGAAACGACCUCAAACUAGUCCAGGCAGACUCACUCAACCAAGCUCGUCACAUCAGCCUUGUAGCUGCCCUGUCAGUUGUGAAGUAUAAGGACUUGUUAACGUUCGAAGCUGGCCGAGACAGCUAUAUUUCCUUGAAAUGAGCUGCUAACUUUCAAGCGCGACGUAACUCGUAGGCUAUCGAUCUAUCAUCUCAAAUCAAACAAGCGCGAGUGGAAUAAUUGUUAAAUAUAUGUUGAGCCCCGGCUUUUAAAAUGGAAGCUUUAGCGAUAACUUACUGACCGUUACACUGCUCAGAUUAAACUACUUAUGAUGUAUCCUGCAAACCCGUACCCCCAAAUGGUUUAAAUUGUUAAUUAUGUUCUUUGACUAGCAAAGUUCUGAGUAUAUUGAUUUUGGGGAAUGGCUGGGUUGUUCGUUUUCUUGUCUUAAUUGUUUUUAAUAAUUUGGGCCAGAUCGAAUUUGAAGAUGAAACAUAGUCAAUCUUUCAAAAUUGAUGUUUUCUGACAGGAAAAUUAAACCGAAAAUUAAAAGGCUGAGAUCUAGCGUAAAUAUUCUAAAUGGUUUGGUCGACAUUAGUUAUGCACGGCUGUCUCUAAAUUAGCAUCCUUUUUGGAACUACGAGUACAUUUAGGUCAAGGACGUUACUCUUAUUGAUGAUGGCCGACUUACUCAGGUGGCUUUGAAAUCAGUUAACUAGAUUGGGUUGCAAUGUUUUUAUUUUGUCAUUAACCAGAUUAACCUUUGCUGGGACUGAGAAGUGCUAAAAAUUAGAAUUAAGAGAAAAUUAUUUGACAUCUAGCUUUUUCUUAUCUUAACCGCAUUGCCUUUUAAAAAUCGAGUUGAUGGCUUCGCUGUGCCAAUUUUAGAGCAAUUGUUCGUAGAGACAAUUCCCUUUUCAACGUCUGAAAUUUAAUCUAAUUUCCAGAAUCGCUUACAUUCAGCUCGUGUGCUCGUCAGCUCGACUAAGGGCCGCUUUACACGGUACGACUUUCUCGCAUGCGACAAGCUUACGACAGGCCUUCGACAUGAAUUGUUUCGUGUAAAUCAAACCUACAACUCGAAAUUUUCGAAACGGGGAGAAAUGGUAUAUAGCAAUUUCCGGGAAAUGUUCCAGAAAAUCCGGAAAUUGUUAAAUUUUCGAAAAGUGAACCAUUCAACCGAAAAUUCGGGGAAUUCCAGAGUGAAAAUCAAAUGGAACAGAAAUUUGCAUCCUACCGCCGUUUGUACGUCUGAGGGUUAAUGUUAUAAUAAAAUAAAAUAAAAUUAAAUAACUAUUCUAAUAAGCAGGAUAAGAUCAAAACUACAGCUAAAAAAGCGAUGUUUCGUUCUCUCUGAGAUCAUUUCCUAGUUUUUAUCCUAAAAAAUUAAAUACUUAAACUUGAAACGACAAAAAUUCUAAUUCUUUUGUGUUUGCUCCCUUGAUGCAAAAAUUACACAUGCUCUAAAUUGCUUAUAUCUAUGACAAUUUCUGACCAGCAACAUUCAUAUUAUACUUGACAUGUUGUUUUUGCCUAAUUGAUAUGGAGUAGGGACAAAAAAACAAAAAAACAAAAAACAAAACAAAAAAAACAUAAAGAUUCACAUGUAAUCUACGUUUUGUAGAUUUUUUCUUAUUAACCGAGCAGGAGGUCU